AUUGUUUUCCAGCAAUCUCAUUAGAUUUAUUGAUUUUUUGCACCUAGUCACAAGUUAAUGAUUUAUUCGAGAUAAUAACAUAAAUUUGCUGCUGAGUUGGCUAUAUAAAAAUAGACGAGCUUUUAUGAUGUGUGAUUAAUGUUUAUUUAAAAUGAAUAUUUUGUUAUUGUUUUUUUUCAUUUUUUCGCCCAUUCAUGGACUCAAUUUAACUCCAAUAGUUAAUUUGACUAGUGGUCCCAUCCAAGGUAAAGUUACUGAAUAUGAAUCGAUUGGUGUUUACCAGUUUCUUGGUAUUCCUUAUGCGAAGCCACCGGUUGGUAAGUUGAGGUUACAGUUACCAGUUAAACCAGACCCAUGGACUGAGGUUAAAUCAGCGACUGACUUUGGUCCAGCUUGUCUCCAACCAGGAAAUCCAAUUACAAAUAUGCCUUAUGCGGGAAAAACUGGUGAAGACUGUCUUUAUCUUAAUAUCUAUGUUACUGAAUCAACUUUUAAUAACUCAUCAAACAAACUACGACCAGUACUAUUCUGGAUUCAUGGUGGGGCUUUAACAUCAGGAUCUGGCAAUGCAGACGCUGAAGGAAUUCCAAUGGUCCCGUUACAUGAUAUUAUAUUUGUUACUAUUAAUUAUCGUCUUAAUGCAUUCGGUUUCAUCUACUUCGGAGCCAAUCAGCCUCGAAUCCCUCAAAAUAUUGGUUUUAAAGAUCAACUAUUUGCUUUGAAAUGGGUUCAUGAAAAUAUUCAUAUGUUUGGUGGUGAUCCGAAUAGUGUGACAAUUUCUGGUGAAUCUGCCGGAUCAUGGUCAGUUUCUGCACAUCUAUUGUCCCCACUUUCCAAAGGACUCUUCAAACGAGCCAUACUUGAGUCAGGAUCAGUUUACAUAAACCAUGAUUUAGAUACAUUGAUUACUGAUUCUUGGAAGCUUUACAACAAAACAUCAUGUUCAAAUUCGGAAGAUGUUCUUGAAUGCAUGCAAAAUUUGACUGCUCUUGAAAUCCUAAAUGGUUUAGGUAAUGAAUUCGUAACAUAUUCCUUCACAGUUGGUGACGAUUUCCUUCCAUACGAACCAUCACAAAUUCUUGCAGAAGGAUUAUACGAUAAUUCAGUUAACAUUCUACUAGGCGUUGAAAAGAACGAAGCUUCAAUGUUCAUGACAGGUAUCAAUCCCAUUGCUUUCAAUUACUUUUCCCCUAAGCCGAUAUCUUUUCAUGAAGCUAAAAACUUCUUGGAACGUAUUUUUGAUUCUGCAUCAAUUGACUAUUUCCGUGAACUCUACAUUGGUCCAGAAACUAACAAUUCAGAUUAUUUGCGAGCUCAACUCGAAAGAGCUUACAGUGACCUUUUAUUUGUUUGUCCGACUUAUAUCUUUGGGCAUCAAUAUGGUUCUAAUUUAGGUACAAAGGGUGGUAAAGUUUAUGCUUAUUUCCACACACAAAGACCAAAAGCUUAUCUUCCUCUUUUCCACGAAUGGAUGGGAACUUUCCAUUCUUGUGAUAUUCCAUAUGUUUUCGGUUUACCUCUGAUAAAGCCUGGUUAUUCACAGAAAGAUAUUUCAUUGAGUCGUGAAAUGAUGAAAAUCUGGGCUCAUUUUGCUGAAAAUGGUGAGCCUCCAAUGGUUGGUGAAACUAAAUGGAAACCAUUCCAAGAAAAGAUGUCAGCAAUGAUACUAAACAUAGAUGAUUGGGGAAAAACUGAAACGGAAAGAGUUGAAUUUUGUCGGAAAGAAUGGGAUUAUUUAUAUCCACACGUUAGUAAGAAAAGAAAUCAAAGUUCAUCAUUUUAAUUGUAAAUUCCAUAGCAAGUACCUAUGCAACAGGAAAACUCAAUUCGAAUCAAAUUUUCUUUAUUUUCUUACCCGACAAAAAAUGUGCUAUAAGAAGAUAUUAUCUAGGUUAUUGCUCAUUGAUUAUUUUUUAAUAUGAAUAAUAAUUUGAAUAAUUUUACGUUC